AUGACUGCUCGACAAUCAACUCCUUCGUCGGAGCAUUCAGCUCACUCAGACAACGUGCGCAAGAGAGUCUGCAAGGCUUGCGAUCGGUGUCGCCUGAAGAAAUCAAAAUGUGAUGGUGCAAGUCCGUGUGGGAGGUGUCGUGCCGACAAUGCCAUCUGCGUGUUUGGCGAGCGGAAGAAGGCACAUGACAAGGUUUACCCUAAAGGAUACGUGGAGAUGCUCGAACAACAACAGGUAUGGCUAGUGAACGGACUGCAAGAACUCUAUCGACGUGCCCAAGAAGGCGAGGGCUGGACUGGAGAGCCACUCAAGGCCGAAUCCAACGGCCACCCACUGACACACGACCUGCUCACACGCCUGGGCGCAUUGGACCAUACCAAAGGCGAGCAAUUCGAAGAGAAUGUCGAGUCAAUGCAACAAAAGCUAUGGCAACAGAACCCAGGAUAUAUGCAACGACAAGAGUCGUCCGAUGGCAGUUCUGACACUGCCCAAUCGCCUAUUAUUAGCAGCAGUGGCAGCAGCAACAACUCUAAUAAUCACCGACAUCACAUCCAUCACCACCAUAAUAAUAACCACCGUGUUCAUCCUUAUAACGUCUCGGGGUAUGCGGAAGCCCUAUCACGACGCCAAUUGCCCCCAACACCACCCAGCUAUAGUCCGUCAUCACAAACGAUGACAACGAUAAAAUCAGAGCAAGGACAAACGCCGGCGGCGUCAACAAAUAAUAUUAACACCGGUUUCAGGUCAACAGUCGCCUCCACGUCAACCCUGCUCCUUUCCCAACAAGGCAUUAACCCGAUGGCUCUACAGAACCCGCAAAACAAUUUGCACCAACAGCAGCAACAACAACAAUCACAACAACCGUGGGUCGGUAGUAAUGCGAGCGCAAGUGAUCUGAGUUUCGACGAUCUAGAUCUCCUCGGAAAUCAAUAUACGAUGUUUGACGAGGCAUCCUCUUCCCCGCCUCCAAUGUUCGCUACUCGUCAACAGCAGCAACAAUCGCAACAACAAAUGCCUAUAAGUUGUUUACCACCGAGUAUGCUGUUUGAUGCGAAUGAUGAUUUCAGUCAAUAUUUUAAUCCGAAUAUGGAAAUUUCUACCAUAUGA